AUGGAGGCUCCGUCUGAAGAGCCUAGCGAGGAAAUCGUUGCGUCUAACUCAAAUGAGAAGGCUAAUGAGGAUGAAACGUUGAAAUACCAAUUGCUAGGCCCUUCUUUGACCAAGGCCGGUCAGGAUACUGUCGACCAGCAGAAGGUGUCUGAAAUUAUCUACAACGCGUCCAAAGGAUCAAAAUUCUUCAACCACGAGCAAGCCCGUGAUCGCAUUCUAACUGAGAAAAUCACGCGUAUUCUAAAGGAGAAAGAGCGUCUAAAAAAUCAAGACCUGUCCCAUGAUCUACGGCGGGCUAAUCAGCUCCUCGCUGAACUCGAAUUGGGUCGAGAUUUAUCGCAGUAUGUUGUUCAUGUCGAUUGCGAUGCGUUCUACGCUGCAGUUGAGGAGCUCAAUCGACCUGAACUAAGAACCGUUCCAAUGGCUGUAGGUGGGGGGGUUCUAAGUACCUGUAACUAUGAAGCUCGCAAGUUCGGCUGCCGAAGUGGCAUGGCUGGAUUUGUGGCCAAAAAACUUUGCCCACAGUUGGUCAUACUAUCCCCGAACUAUGAAAAGUAUAUCGCCAAAGCCAAGGAAGUUCGUGCCAUCUUUGCACAGUACGAUCCGCUCUUUGAAAGUGCUAGUAUUGAUGAAGCGUACCUCAACAUAACCACCUACUGCAGCGAAAACCAGCUCGGGCCGGAGGAGGUUGUUAGCCGUAUGAGAGCAGAGAUUCUUAUGAAUACGAAGAUCUCGGUGUCUGCCGGCAUUGCGGCGAAUGCAAAAAUUGCCAAAAUCGCUUCCAAUCGCAAUAAGCCUAAUGGUCAGUUCAUGGUUCCAAAUGAAAGAGAGGCUAUUAUGGAAUUCAUGAGAGGCCUCCCAGUACGCAAGGUCAGCGGUGUCGGUCGCGUCUUUGAACGUGAACUCGACGCUAUCGGCAUCAAACUCUGCGGUGACAUUUAUCCUCAGCGUGCAACAUUGGCGAAGCUCUUUGGAAACAAGGCAUUUCAUUUCUUAGCACAGUGUUAUCUUGGGCUCGGAAGAACAAACAUCCAACCGGUGGAGAAUUACGAACGAAAGAGUGUAGGUACUGAGCGCACGUUUCAUGAAAUUGGAAGCAAGGAGGAGUUUCGAGAAAAACUCUGGUCAAUCUCGAAGGAACUUGAGAAAGACCUAGCCUCUACACAGUUCAAGGGCCGGACAUUGGUUCUCAAAGUCAAACUUGCCACAUUUGAGGUUCUCUCACGGCAAUGUCAGCCUCCAAGGGCCGUGUUCCUUGCCAAGGACCUGUAUACAUUUUCUCUACCAAUGCUGGAAAAACUCGAGAAGGAGGUCCCUAAUAUCAAGCUUCGACUUCUUGGCCUUCGCUGCACCAACCUAGUGAGCACUAAAAAGGGUGGGAUUGACUUUUUUGGAUGGGCCACUCGGUCAAAGCCUACGGGUGAAUCCAAUUCCGCUGCCGAGUCCAAUCACGAUCCAAUCCCCGAGCAAGAAAUUGACACUGAGGAGGCUUUCGAGCGAGCUGCCCGCCAGGAAUUGCAGAGCGAGAUGAAUGAAUUAGAGAAGCUCAGCCAAGAGGUUGUUGACUCGCCCCCAACCAACCCUGUCAAAGAAGACAGUCCAGUCGCUCCUGAUGAAUCCACAUCUGAACCAGUUUUCUGGGAUUGUCCUAUUUGUUCUCGACCUCAAGCGGCAGAGGACCGCACAUUUAACAACCAUGUAGACUAUUGUCUCUCAAGACAGACCAUCAAGGAGGCUGUCCAAGGGGCUUCACAGGAUACUGCACAGGAUGCUGUAUCAGUUCCUACUAAAACACGCAAGAGGAAGACAGCAUCACAAGAGCCUAUAGACCCACGCCAAAAACGACUUUUUUUUGUCUAA